AUGGCCACCGCCACCAGGGCCACCCUCGCCACCGUCGCCACUAUCGCCACCGCUAACAGGGCCACGCACUAUCGCCACUACCACCCUGGCUACGCAAGGAUGACUCGCGUACCUGCCUUCUCUUACAGAAAAUUUGCGUACAAGUUCACGGCGUAUUCUGCCGAGUCGAGGGCGAAUGUCGGGGUGGCGGGAGCUGUAGAGGCUCUGCAGAGGUUGAAGGCUAAGGGAGCAUGCCUGCCGGGGUGCGAGAGAGCCUGCUGCGACCAAGUUCUCGUCGCCCUCAACACGGGGACCGUGACUUUAGCCGUUGCGAGGGACGUAGAGGGUGCGAGGGACGUGGAGGGUGCGAGGGAGUAG